GGAGCUGCGCGAGGCGGGCGGGCGGGCUCGCGAAGGUUCCAGAGGCUCCGCGUGCGGGAGCGGGCGGCGCACGGUCGGGUGUACGCGGGCCGCGGGUCCGUGCGCGGGGUGAGCGCGCUCGGGCGGCGUUUCCUGUUCCCGGCGCUCGCGCGGCUGCAGCUCGGGCCUCGGCCUGCCCGCGCCGGACCAUGGCUUCGGCUGUGGACGAGCUACAGAAGGAUCUAGAAGAGGUGAAGGCGUUGCUGGAAAAGACUACUAGGAAAAGAAUCCAUGAUGCCCUUACAGCAGAGAAAUCCAAGAUUGAGACAGAGAUCAAGAACAAGGUGCAGCAGAAGCCACAGAGCAAAACAGAACUUGACAAUGAAAAGCCGGCUGCUGUGGUUGCUCCCAUUACAACGGGCUAUACAGUGAAGAUCAGUAAUUACGGAUGGGAUCAGUCAGAUAAGUUUGUGAAAAUCUACAUUACUCUACCUGGAGUUCAUCACGUUCCCACGGAGAGUGUGCAGGUGCAUUUCACAGAGCGGUCAUUUGAUCUUUUGGUAAAGAACUUAAAUGGCAAGAAUUACUCCAUGAUUGUGAACAAUCUGUUGAAACCUAUCUCUGUGGAAGGCAGUUCAAAAAAAGUCAAGACGGACACAGUUCUGAUCUUAUGUAGGAAAAAAGCAGAGAACACCCGAUGGGACUACCUGACCCAGGUUGAAAAAGAGUGCAAAGAAAAAGAAAAGCCCUCCUACGACACAGAAGCAGACCCUAGUGAGGGACUGAUGAAUGUGCUGAAGAAAAUCUACGAAGAUGGAGAUGACGACAUGAAGCGAACUAUUAAUAAAGCCUGGGUGGAAUCGAGAGAGAAGCAAGCCAAAGGAGACACGGAAUUUUGAGACUCGAGUCCUGUUGGAACUGUGGUGUGGAAGUACCGACCUUUCCAACAAGGGGAUGUCGCUGCGCUGCGGAUGUAACUCGACAGAUAACUACUCACAUACCCUGUAAGGAGAGGCAGUGAUUCUCCAUCUCCUGCUGGAGGAUGUAUUUAAAUAAAAUGUGCUCAUUAAACGCUUCCUCUAAA